AUGGCCGCCAUGUCAGCCGCUGCUGCCACCAACCCCAACUCCCUCCUCAAGUCCAACACCCAAAUCAACGCCUUCCCCACUACCCUUUCCCGCUCAUUUACCGCCGCUACCACUACUGUAAACAAGCGCAUCACAUGCUCAUCCACCACCUUUCAAACUCCGGCAGCCACCACCGGCGUCACCUCCCCAGAUCGCGUGUUCAACUUUGCUGCCGGUCCCGCCAUCCUUCCUGAGAACGUCCUCCUCAAGGCCCAAUCGGAGCUCUACAACUGGCGGGGAUCUGGCAUGUCUGUCAUGGAGAUGAGCCAUCGAGGCAAAGAAUUUCUCUCGAUCAUUCAGAAGGCCGAGUCAGAUCUCCGGACCCUGCUCAAUAUUCCGGAGAAUUACUACGUCCUCUUCCUCCAAGGUGGCGCCACCACCCAAUUCGCCGCCGUCCCCCUCAAUCUCUGCAACCCGGAUGACCCCGUCGAUUACAUCGUCACAGGCUCCUGGGGAGACAAGGCCUCAAAAGAAGCCUCCAAAUACUGCAAGCCCAAGACCAUUUGGAGCGGGAAAUCUGAGAAAUACGUCAAUAUCCCCAGCUUUGGCGCCCUUGAGCAAACGCCCGAAGCCAAAUACUUGCACAUUUGUGCUAACGAAACCAUUCACGGGGUCGAAUUCAAGGAUUAUCCAGUUCCGAAUAAUGAAAAUUCGUUGCUUGUAGCUGAUAUGUCAUCCAAUUUUUGCUCCAAGCCAGUGGAUGUGAGUAAAUUUGGGGUGAUCUACGCCGGAGCCCAGAAAAAUGUCGGUCCAUCUGGGGUUACAAUUGUGAUAAUAAGAUCGGAUUUGAUUGGAAAUGCGCAGCCAGAUACUCCUGUAAUGCUGGAUUACAAGAUCCACGCUGAGAAUAAUUCACUGUACAAUACGCCCCCUUGCUUCGGCAUUUAUAUGUGUGGACUUGUGUUCGAGGAUCUCAUUGCUCAGGGUGGAUUAAGCGAGGUGGAGAAGAAGAAUGUGAAGAAGGCACAGAGUUUGUAUGACACCAUUGACGGGAGCAAAGGGUUCUUUAGGUGUCCAGUGGAAAAAAGCGUGAGGUCAUUGAUGAAUGUUCCAUUUACAUUGGCAAAGCCGGAGUUGGAAGCGGAGUUUGUGAAAGAAGCAGCCAAGGAGAAGAUGAUACAGCUGAAGGGGCAUAGGUCGGUUGGCGGCAUGAGAGCUUCAAUAUACAAUGCUAUGCCCUUGGCUGGGGUUGAGAAAUUGGUUGCAUUCAUGAAGGAAUUCCAGGCAAGGCAUGGUGUUUAG